UCGGGAAAUAAUCAUUAGAAAGUGCGUGCGGCUGCACCAUGGAGCUACGGGUCGGCAACAAGUACCGGCUGGGGCGCAAGAUCGGCUCCGGUUCGUUCGGAGACAUCUACCUCGGCACCAACAUCACGACCGGCGAGGAGGUGGCCAUCAAGUUGGAGUGCAUCAAAACGAAACACCCGCAGCUACACAUCGAAAGCAAGUUCUACAAGAUGCUCCAGGGCGCGGUGGGCAUCCCCACGAUCAAGUGGUGCGGCUCGGAAGGCGAUUACAACGUGAUGGUAAUGGAGCUGCUCGGGCCAUCGCUCGAAGAUCUGUUCAACUUUUGCUCGCGCCGCUUCACCCUCAAGACGGUGCUGCUGCUGGCGGACCAGAUGAUCUCGCGUAUCGACUUCAUCCACUCGCGCAGCUUCAUCCACCGCGACAUCAAGCCGGACAACUUCCUGAUGGGCCUGGGCAAGAAGGGCAACCUGGUGUACAUAAUCGAUUUCGGGCUGGCGAAAAAGUACAAGGAUUCGCGCAGCAUGUCCCACAUACCGUACCGGGAAAACAAAAAUCUGACCGGAACCGCGCGGUACGCGUCGAUCAACACACAUCUCGGCAUCGAGCAGUCGCGCCGUGACGAUCUGGAGUCGCUCGGGUACGUGCUGAUGUACUUCAAUCUCGGCACGCUGCCGUGGCAGGGCCUGAAGGCGGCCAACAAGCGCCAAAAGUACGAGCGCAUUUCGGAGAAAAAGCUGUCGACGCCCGUCGAGGAACUGUGCAAGGGUUUUCCGCGAGAGUUCAGCCUCUACCUGGCGUACUGUCGCCACAUGGACUUCAUCCAGCGGCCGGACUACUGCUACUUGCGCAAACUGUUCCGGACACUCUUCCACCGGCAGGGCUUCGUGUAUGAUUACGUGUUCGACUGGAACAUGCUGAAGUUUGGGCGCCCCAAUCUGAACACCUUCACGAGCAUGAAGCGCGGCCAGAGCCGAACGCCGAGUGCGACACAAAACGAGAAGCAGAUCACCAACACGUCGGCCACCACACCGUCCAAGGGUGGUGGUGGUGGCGGCGGCGGAACCGUGCUAGCGGGGGGCGGUGUCGUAACACCCGGCGGCAUCAACAAUGCCAACAACGUGAACAACAGCAGCAGCACGCUGGGUGGAGCCAUGGUCAGUCACACGGUCACGGGGAAUAGUGCCGCGGCGGUGGCAGCGGCGGCGGCCGCAGCAGCCGCCGAGAAGAACAAGGAAAUGACGCCCCAGACCCGCCACCUGCUACAGCACUUCAUUAGAACCGAGCUGCAGAAGGGACAACCCGGCGGUGGUGGAGCGGGACCGAUGGGUGGUGCCGGAGGGGCCAAUGUCCAGCAGCAGCAGCAGCAGGUUGGGGCAAUGGUAGGCCUCGGUGUUGGUGGCGUUAUGGUAAGCGGACAGACGGGUGUCGUUGGUGGGCCUCCGCAGCAGCAGACGACGGGUGGUCAAUCGUCGUCUCACAACAACCACAACAACAACAACAGUAGUGGCGCCGGUGGCAACGAUCCAAGUUCCGAUCCGGUUGCGGCGGCGGCCGCGGCGGCAGCAGCUUCCUUUUCGAGGCACGACACACCCGAACGCCGCUCGUCGAUUCGCCUGCGCGGACAAAAUCUAGACACCAGGAAUGCUGAAUAAUAUUAGAUUCUCUUUUAAAUUGUCCAACGUUCACCCUGCGCCUGCCCGGGAC